AUGGCUCAACACGAAGGUGAAUCCGCGUUGAGCAUCUCUGCGGAGGGAGUUGGAUCUCCAUUCUCAAAUACUGUGGAUCAAUCGGCCUCGAUGUGUGAAACUUCAGCACGCAAUAAUGAGCGCUUCUGUGGUCUGCAGCGCAAUAUGAAAGACCUGCAUCGCGCUUCUAAAGGUGAUCUCCAAACAUGGACCGAGAAAGCAGUUCACUCCCCCGAUACGCAUAGAACAGAAGCACGCAAACGCGAUGUUUUAUUCGAGAAGCUAUCAGCUAGCGGCAAAGGCUCUUCCGUUCGGGUCCAACUUACUGUGCUUUCGGCACUCCUAUAUCCCGUGACGCGCCCCGUCAAACUACUUGCGAACAAGUGUGGUAGCCGAACACCUCGAGGAGACGGACGAACAAUAUUGCAUGGGCUCGAUGGACUGUUGCAAAGCGGGGAAUUGUUGUUGGUUCUCGGUCGCCCAGGCAGUGGGUGUUCAACAUUCUUGAAAGUACUGUGUGGCUACCUUGAUGGGCUAAAUGUAGAUGCCGCAAGCGAGAUACAGUACCGGGGAAUACCAUACGCUAGUAUGAUGAAGCAUCAUCGUGGGGAAGUUGUUUACAACCAAGAGGCGGACCAUCACUUCCCAAAUUUGACAGUGCGUCAAACUCUUGAGUUUGCGGCGCAUGCUCGAGCACCACGAGACCGAUUGGGGGGCGCCAGUCGGAAGCAGUAUGUCGACACGGCUGUGCAAGAUGUCAUGGACACAUUUGGACUUGCCCACACAUCUGGCACAAACGUAGGCAACGAUUAUGUUUUGGGUGUUAGCGGAGGGGAGAGGAAGAGAGUGAGCAUAGCCGAGAUGGCUCUUUCGCGCGCUUCGGUUUGUGCGUGGGACAAUAGCACACGUGGUCUCGAUGCAUCCACUGCACUCGAAUUUGUCCGGGCUCUCCGUACCUCAGCAGAGCUUACCGGAUCUUGUCAUGCAGUGGCUCUAUACCAAGCGUCAGAGGCACUGUACAACACCUUCGAUCAAGUCAUUCUUCUCUACGAAGGUCGUGAAAUAUACUUUGGUAGCCGGGAAAAUGCCGUCUCAUAUUUCGAAAAGAUGGGAUGGGAACGACCAGUCCGACAAGUAAGCGCGGAUUUUCUCACGGCCAUCACCAACCCUGGAGAGCGACAGCCCCAGCCCGGAAUGGAACAUAUUGUCCCCCGUACACCAGUCGAGUUCGAGUCAUACUGGAAGAAAAGCACGGAGUAUGCAAAGCUGAAGACGUCUAUGCUGGAGUACAAGGAGAAUCACCCUCUCAAUGGCUCAGCGGAACUGCAACUCAGUCGUUCCAAGCGCGCCGAGCAAGCUGCCCAUACGCGGCCAUCCAGCUCUUACCUUCUCUCCGUGUCCAUGCAAGUGAGAUUGUGUAUGGCCAGAGCGUGGCAGCGUACCCGAAAUGAUAUCCCUGCCCUGGUUGCCACAGCGGUAGUGCAAAUCGUUGUCGCUAUCAUCAUCGGGUCUCUGUUUUACAAUAUCCCGAACAAUACCAGUGGGAUGGGCCAAAGAGCAUCGGUCCUUUUCCUUGCAGUUUUAACCAAUGCAUUAAUCUCAAUGCUGGAUAUCAACGUUCUGUAUAGCCAAAGACCGAUCGUUGAAAAACAAGCUGCAUAUGCAUUUGUUCAUCCCUUUAGCGAAGCCCUCGCCGGCGUCAUUGUGGAUUUCCCUGUGAAAUUAAUUCGGUGCGUGUUGGCCGCUGUUGUCGUCUACUUCUUUGCGAACCUCCGAAGGGAACCUUCUCACUUCUUUGUGUACCUUCUCUUUCAGCUCACUGCGGUGAUGACCAUGGCCGCAAUGUUUCGCACUCUCGCCACUAUCACAAGGACAAUUGGCCAAGCGAUGUCUCUCGCGGGGGUGACGAUUAUCUGCGUGGCGGUGUACACUGGCUUCACUGUUCCUCAAUUUGAUAUGCGACCUUGGUUCGGCUGGAUUCGAUGGCUGAACCCAAUAUUCUAUGCAUUUGAAGGCAUUAUCUCCAAUGAGUUUCAUGGUCGUCGCUUUGAUUGCAUGGAUCAUAUUCCGUCCUCGACAUUUCAACAAGGGCUGUCCUUCACAUGUGCCUAUGUUGGUUCUGUCCCAGGUCAAAGUUAUGUCUCUGGUGAUGCAUAUAUAGCAGCGAGCUACGAUUACUCCUAUACCCACAUUUGGAGGAAUUAUGGCAUUCUUGCUGCUUUUUUGGUCUUCUUUUACGUGCUUUACUUCUUGCUCACAGAGCUGAUUUCUGGGACUAUACCGGCUCACGAGGUUCUGAUCUUCCGCGAUGAAAAAUCUUCCAGGCAGACAAGCAAGACAGAUCUGGAGACAGGAAACACGGAUUCACCUUUGCGAGAGCUAAGGUCGGAGAGCACAGCGGUUGAUUCGUCAGCGUCAGAGGAAAAAGACACUCUCUCUUGGAAGGGCAUUUGCUAUGAUAUUCCAGUUGAAGGAGGCGAAAAACGGCUUUUGGAUGAUGUCAGUGGUUGGGUCAAACCAGGAUCGCUGACAGCCCUGAUGGGAGUCUCCGGCGCCGGAAAAACUACGCUCAUGAACGUGCUAGCGCAACGCGUGACCUUUGGCGUCGUCACGGGAGAUGUACGGGUCAACGGAUGCGACCUUGACUCCAGUUUUUCCAGAAAGACCGGUUACGUCCCGCAGCAAGAUCUUCAUGUGGAGACUUGCACUGUCCGUGAAGCACUUCGCUUUAGUGCUGUGCUACGGCGACCUGCAUCCAUUUCACUAGAUGAGAAACACUCAUUCGUUGAAGAUGUGAUUCAGUUGCUCGGGAUGCAGGAAUAUGCUGAAGCAGUCAUUGGAAAUCCUGGGGACGGUUUGAACAUGGAACAAAGGAAACUUGUCAGCAUCGGGGUUGAACUUGCUGCUAAACCUCAAAUUCUUCUAUUCCUAGAUGAGCCCACUAGCGGAUUAGAUUCUCGAAGUUCUUGGGCCAUCUGCAAGGUUAUGAGAAGGCUUGCGGACCAUGCCCUGCCCGUACUUGCGACAAUCCAUCAACCAAGUGCGGUUUUGUUUGAGCAGUUUGAUCGUCUGCUCUUCCUUGGGCAGGGAGGAAAGACUGUUUAUUUUGGGGAAAUCGGGCAAAAGGCUCGAACACUCUUGGAUUACUUCGAAACAAAUGGAGCGCGUCCAUGCGGCCCAACCGAAAAUCCCGCGGAAUACUUGCUCGAGGUCAUCGGAGAUGGCACCGCAGAGGAUUUGACAUCCACUGACUGGGUCCAGACGUGGAAGAACAGCUUGCAACAUCAGAAUGUUCUCGAGGAAUUGAAUAAGGUCCUCUCAUCUACUUGCAUAUCCCCACUCACCAAUGCGGAAAGUAUCGCUGAGUUUGCGAUGCCUUUUGGUAAGCAAUUUUACCAUGUCAUGAAGCGCGACCUUCAACAAUAUUAUCGCCAGCCCGAAUAUAUCUUGGCCAAGCUUGGUACUGGCAUAUUCUGCGGGCUAUUCAUUGGGUUUUCCUUUUGGGCCUCUGAUAGCUCGAACCAAGGCCUGGCGAAUGUUCUGUUCAGUCUGUUCCUGCUCUGUACAAUAUUCACGGCAUUGGUUAAUCAAAUUAUGCCAAAGUUCCUCUCCCGACGGACUUUGUACGAGUUGCGAGAGAGACCAGCGAAAACUUACUCGUGGAAAAUCUUCAUCUUAUGCCAAGUCCUUGUUGAACUUCCAUGGCAACUAUUGCUGGGAACAUGUGCAUGGGCUUCCUUCUAUUUCUCUGUCUAUGGAAGUCAGCAGAGCUCCCCUCGGGUGGUACUUGUUCUUCUCUUCACCGUUCAAUUCUUUCUGUUCGCAUCGACCUUCGCACACCUUGUAGUAGCUGCAGUCCCCAAUAUAGCAUUGGGCAGUAUGCUAGCUACAUUCGCAUUUCUGUUGUGCCUCCUGUUCAAUGGAAUCAUGCAACCACCAAGUGCACUCCCUCGAUUCUGGACCUUCAUGCAUCGUGUUUCCCCUCUGACAUACUACGUGGCCGGCAUUAGUGCAACUGCACUGCACGAUCGUCCAAUACACUGUUCUACACGCGAGUUGAGAAGCUUCGAUCCUCCGGAUGGGCAGACUUGCGGUGAAUAUUUGGCCGAAUAUCUGAGAACAGCACCAGGGGACCUUUACAACCCGCUGUCUACCAAGGCAUGCGAGUAUUGCCCGCUUCGCUCUGCAGACCAGUACCUUGCUUCCCGCGAAAUAUCCUGGGAUGAUCGUUGGAGAAACUUUGGAAUCUACUGGGGCUACAUCGUCUUCAACGUCAUUGGCGCCAUUGGGUUGUAUUAUCUUUUCCGAGUUAUGCCCUACACCAGGAAGAACCGGGCGCACAAGCCUUGCAAGUAG